CAUCACCAACUAGCAUUACAUCAACCAGCAGCAAUAUAUUCACCAGUCGGUUUAUUACUCCGCAGUCUUAGUCUCAUAAAUGGUGAUCGUGUUACGCGGGCAACAAUCCCAACUUUACAAUCAACUAGAAAGUCGUCCCAGUUAUUUUUAUUUACAAGACAUUCGUCCUUUCAACCAGACUCCGAAUCAGAACAUUCACAAUUUAAAAAUUUAAAAAGUUCAAAGUAACAGGAUCAGUUUUUUUCACUGACAUUCGUAGCUGGACUAUCGUGACAACUGUUCAGUUGAUUAAAAAUAUACUUUGUGAUAUAACCUGCAUUACUAAAGAACCAACAUGGAUAUGAAUCAUUCGGGUCAUGAGCAUCAUGAUCACAGUGCCAUGGAUCAUUCGAAAAUGGAUCAUUCGAAAAUGGGGCAUAUGGCAAAUGUAGAAGAAUCCAAUCCCAUGCCUGAUCAUAUGCACGGAAUGCAAGGAAUGCAUAUGAUGAUGAUGUACUUCCACUUUGGGUAUGACGAAACAAUUCUCUUCGAAUCAUGGAAAAUUUCAACACUGGGAGGAUUAAUUGGUUCGAUGAUAGGCAUUAUUAUAAUGGCUGCGCUUUACGAAGGACUCAAGUACUACAGAGAAUAUUUGUUCUGGAAAACUUACAAUACACUUCAAUACAGAAGUGUAACGGCACCACCGGAAAAAAAUCCUACCACUGAAGACAGUCGUGUUGUACAUAUGGUCGGAGAAGUUAUUCACAGACAACCACCAACGAUGCUGUCAUGGAUGCAUACUUUCCAAACAUUAUUACAUAUCAUUCAAAUAAUUUUAUCGUACUUCCUGAUGUUGAUAUUUAUGACAUAUAACGUAUGGCUUUGUGUCGCAGUAGUUCUCGGUGCAGCGAUCGGAUACUUUUUAUUUGGAUGGAAAAAGUCCGUAAUUGUAGACGUUACGGAACACUGUCACUAACAAUACCCACUGUCGUUAGCAUAAAUAUCGCACACAUUUAUUUAUUUUAUUCUUUACUUAAGAUGUUUAAUCGGACGUGCGCUCGCGAUGUUGAUGAUAUUUAUACGAUCGAUACAAGUAGAAUUGACAAAUAAUAAAAUAAUAAUUUUUUAUUCCAUACAACAAACGUAUUUAUUGUACGUUUAAUAUUGUGCCUAAUUAGCUAAUGUGGAAUUAAAUAUUCAUAACAAAAAUAUAUGUAUAUAUUUUAUAUAAAUAUGAUCAUGUCGGACAAAGAAGAUAAUUAUUAACAACCUUUUUUUAUCAGUAUUUUUUAGUAUAAAUCGGUUUGCAGGUUAGCUGAUAAUUAAUUUAAUUGUUUAUUUAUUAUUAUUAUUAUUAAGGACAUUCUCAGACAGUGUCCUCACUUUUUAAAAAUAUUCAAUGACUUUGAACUGUCAUAACGGUAUUCAAAUUUUAUUAAUUAAGAGCAUUCUCAGACAGUGCCCCCCACUUUUUGAAAAUUUUCAAUGACAGAACUGUCAUAAGAGAUAUAGAAUUUUAAAAAAUUAGUCAUCAAUUAGAAGUUAAACGAAAUUUGUUGAAUAAAUUUUAGUCUAAAAAUUUUGAAAAUUCAAAUUAUAAAAUUUACAUAAAGAUUUUACUGAAAUUUAUUUUAAAAAUUUCGUUUAACUCCCAAUUGAUAUCAACUGUAAGUAAUUUUUUUUCAUUAAUUGAUUAAAUUUUGAUACGCUUAUGACAGCUGUCAUUGAAAGUUUUUAAAAAGUAGGGGGUACUGUCUGAGAAUGUCUUCAAUUUCAAAAAAAUUGAAUACAAUUUUACCGAGAUAUAAAUUUUUAGAAAAAUUAGUGACAGUUGUUAUCAAUUAGAAAUCAAAAGAAAUUUGGUAAAUAAUUUUUAGCCUACAAAAUUUGAAAAUUUGAAUCAUAAAAUUGACGAAGAUUUAACUGAAAUUUAUUUAUGAUUCUAAAGUUAGCAGACACUUAAAAAUAUUCGGAUUUUUUUUUUAACAAAUCAAUUACCAAAAAAAAAAAAAAAAAUAAAAAUAUGCACAUGUAGAAAAUUAAAAAAA